AUGUCGGAAUUCCUCAAGAAGUGGGGUGUCAUUGCACGCCUGUCCUCAGCACAGUACCCACAGUCAAACGGGCGGGCCGAAGCAGCGGUCAAGACGGCCAAAAGAAUCAUCAGAGCCAACACAGGUAGCGGGGGCUCAUUGGACACGGACAAAACCUCCCUCGCUGUGCUGCAGUACCUUAACACCCCGCUGCGAUCUGUCAACAAGUCCCCCGCCCAACUUGCCACCGGAAGGCAGCUGCGUGAUGGCGUGCCAACGGCCCGACGACAUUACAAGGUGGACAGGCACUGGGGAAGGACGCUGCGUGAGAGAGAAGUGAAAAUGGGGGAGGAAGGCAACACCCUGAUGGCAACCUGCACACCCAGACAGCUCCGGCCCCUGUCCCCCGGCACACGAGUAAGGAUGCAGAACCAGGCCUCGGGCACGUGGGACCGCACGGGCUUGAUCGUGGAGGCGCUGCCCUACAGGCAGUACACCGUCAGGCUUGAUGGUAGCGGCCGAAUAAGCCUCAGGAACAGGAAGCAUCUGCGGCCCGUCGCUGAGUCAACCCCACCGCCCGCACCGCCAACCCUGCGCCCACCAACCCCGCCGGCCGCUCAACCAACCACGACACCCGCACAAGUCUCAACCCCCACCCAACCUCAGCUACGCCCCGCACCCAGGAGGCAGGUGCGGCGACCGGGGUGGCUGAGCGACUAUGUGCCCCCUCCGCCCCCUGCCUGUGUUUCCAUCGACGGCCGUCCCCUCCAGGUAGUGCUCUCCACCAAGCGUCUCGUCCUCACCAUUGAUGGUACGCCACCAGCUCCUCCUCUAGCAGAUCGUCACCAAGCUCAUCCACCACCCGCGCCACGGGAACCUGCUCCCCCGGGCAGUCCCACCUCCACGCCAGUGUCAGACACCACGACAAGCUGCUCCCCAUAUGUGCACGAACAGGCAGAUAUAGAAGCAGUACAAUUCCCACAAUAG